CACUGAUGCACACUGAUAGGUGGCAAUGACUGGCACUGAUUGGCAGCACUGAUAGGUGGCACUAAAAUGCAGCUCAGAUGGGCACUGAUAUGUGGCAUUGAUGUGCACUGGUAGGCACUGAUGGGCACUGGCAGGUGGCAUGGAUGAGCACUGACAGCUGGCACUGAUGGACACUAACAGGUGGCACUGCUGGGGCUACACAGAUCAUCAGGGCACACUGAUCAUCAGUGCCCUGAUGAUCUCUGUCAGCAUGACAGCUCGUGAGGAGAGAAGUGCAGAUAACCGGCAUUUCCCUGUUUACAUGUGAUCAGCUGUGAUUGGA